AGACAAUAUCAGCUUCUCACAAAGCUCGGCGCCGUCUCUCCCCCGGGCGCAGCAACCUCAACAAUCGCCUUCAUCCCUUCCAAAAUCCCCGUCGAUCGGGCGACCUUAACCUCCCCGGAGCCAUUCUCGGUAGCCGAUGGCAGCCGUGCGGGCUUGGAAGGCGCCCGCUCGACCCGUUCCCUUUGGUGGUCAUCCAAACCCUGCAGAGCCCCCUAACCAACUACUUCCCUCUUUAAGACCCAUCACACCUUCCUUCAGGGUUCAACUUAAAAUUUGCCAGCAAUUCUUCAUCUGCAAAGCAAAAACAUAUGAAUAUGGAGUAGCUAGCGAUUUCAACUUUAAUGCAAUUCCUUCGAGUUUGUUGGCUGCAGAGAGAGAGGAGGCAAAAGCUGUAUUAUCAUUGUUUUUGAGAAAACAGGGUUUGAGCAAUGCAAUGGCAGCAAGGACUAUCAAGAAGUCAGAUUGUUUUAUUGACAACCUCAUAUCAAAACUCCAUACAAUACAUAAAUCUCGAUAUCUAGUCGGAAGAGAGCUUACCACACUUGAAAUCAGAAAUGCACUUGCUCCAUACCUAGACUCACUUCUUGAAGAACAUGGAGAUGUUUUGGUGGAUGUGGUGGAGAGCUUUCCGAACCCUCCAGGUGUCAAAAGAUCCGUUCUGACUUCUCCUGUAAAAGUCGUCGGUCCUUCCUCCAAGAAAGAAAGAGCCAUUGCUCGAGUGAGUCAACGGAGUCCUGAAGGCCUACUGCCAGAACAUGUCCUGUACCUCAUGGACCUCGGUAUGGACCUUGACCGGAUUAAGGACAUUGCCCGUAGGUUCCCAGCCUUUGCUUACUACAAUUUGGACCGCAAAAUUAAACCUGUGGUGGAGCUAUUCCUAGAGCUUGGCGUGCCCCAGUCAGACAUUCCUACCAUUCUUUAUAAAAGACCUCAGCUAUGUGGUAUCAGCUUAUCAGAGAAUCUGAAACCCAUGAUGACUUAUUUAGAGAGUUUGGGUGUGGAUAACAGCCAGUGGUCUAAGGUGAUAUACCGGUUCCCUGCAUUGCUCACUUACAGCAGACAGAAGGUGAAGGCGUCCGUGGAUUACCUUUCUGAACUGGGUGUUUCGGAAAAGAAUAUUGGAAAAAUUUUGACACGCUGCCCUCAUAUCAUAAGCUAUAGUGUGGAUGAUAAUCUUAAACCCACAGUUGAAUACUUUCGUUCAAUGGGUGUUAAUGUUGCCUCUCUUAUUCACAAAUGCCCGCAGACUUUUGGCUUGAGCAUAGAGGCGAAUCUCAAGCCAGUUACAGAGUUUUUCCUGGAGAGGGGUUACAGCAUUGAAGAGGUUGGUACCAUGGUUCAUAGAUAUGGAGCUUUAUAUACUUUCAGUUUGAGUGACAAUGUGAUGCCAAAAUGGAACUUCUUCUUGACAAUGGAAUACCCAAGAUCAGAGCUUGUCAAAUUUCCUCAUUACUUCGGCUACAGCUUGGAGGAUAGAAUAAAACCUAGAUAUAAACGAGUGAAAGAAUGUGGGGUGACGCUUGUGCUGAACCAGGUGCUGUCUGUUUCAAAUAGUCAGUUUGAGAAGAUACUUGAGAAAAAGAUGGGUAAACUAUGAGUUGCUCACCUUCGAAAAGGAAAACAUACUGAUGAUUUGCAAGCAAGGGCAGAUAUUGAAGAACCCAGACUGCAGCAAUGAUGGAACCAAUAAUCCUAUUUAGCAUUAAAUUGCUGCUGGUCAUACAUUUUAAUUGCAUUGGAAUUGAGAUUACGUGGUAUGGUGUCUGUAGCCUUUUGUACACUAUUUGCAUGUUGUAAGCUUGCUUUCUGACAAUACUGAAUGCUUUGUUUACCAGUGUUUGAUUUAUCAACAACAGCAUCUGCAACGUUUGAUUGCAAAAUGCUAGUUUUGACCAAAUUGUUAUCCACUAGGUUUUAGUGGCAA